AUGCCUUUCGGACUCCCAUCAAAAAAGUCUUCUGCUCUCGCUACCAAGCCUGAAGCAAUGGCAUCAGAAGUGACUUUGGUCGGGCAAUCAAAUACAAUGUCCGAAAAACAAGCCUCAGCUGGUCCCUCCAAAAAAGAGACAAAGAUGACAUGGAAAGAGGCGCAGGAAGCUUGUCGAAAGGAGCACAGCUGGGAAAUUCUAGUAAGUUGGCUACUUGUCCAUGCAUUCGUUUACCUCGUGCAGGAUUUUAACGUGUUCUAUAGGCGCAUCACUACAGUCUGCGAUGAGUCCAGCGUGGCACAGUGCAUGACAGGCUCACUGAAAGCCGAUUCUUUUCUCUUUUUACAAAUGUUUAAUUACGAUUCACGAUUGCUGUGUCUUUGA